AUGGCUUUGUGGAAUAAAGUUUUAUCAGGUUUUGAUACAGAAGAUGAGACUAUUAAUUUUGGAAAAAGACAAGUUGUAGAAAGUAAAACAUCCAUUUAUGAAACUGUCACACUUGCAUCAAUUCAAACGGAUGGAGAAGUCCAAAAUGAACCAACUAUUCAAGCUUUUCUGCAAUAUACUCGACUGUGUAUAGUGGUAGAUAAAUCUAUUACAAUAUUUGAAGAUGAAACAUGUCAAAACAUAUUAUUAAAUAUUGCAUUUGAUUUUUUAAUAACAUCUUGUUGUAUAUCCAAAAAUGAAGAAUUUUUAUACGUCUUAUUAGAAAAUGGAAUGCUUUUUUGUUUAUAUUUAAUAGAAGAAACUAAAAUUCUGUUCUCUAUAAAUACAUUUCGUGUCACGAACAAUCAUGUGGAUAUUACGAAAAUAUUAUUAGAUGAAAAUGGUGACGAUUCAAUGCAAAUUAUUCUCGUUAAUAGAAGAGGAAUUAUUUAUAGAAUUACUUUCCCUUCUACCGAAGAAUUAAUCAACAAUGUUAUUGAUUACGAAAACACUGAAUUACAGAAAACAUUUGAAAAAAGUUUACAAGUUGAUAUAGACUUUGAUGGAACCGAUAAACACGAGAAAUUUUCUGCAGUAGUUGUUGCAUCAGAUAUUUCCAAUUUUAUUUUUAUAGAAAAAGAUAAAUGUUUUACUUGGCCAAGUAAAAAUACUUGUGAUUUGACUGCUUUGUCGUUUGGUUAUCAAAAAAUUCAAAUUCUUAAAAAGUUCAAUGCAAUGCUAUGUUUAUGUUCGGAUAACUUAAUGAGAAUAGUUUGUACUAAAACAUUAAUUGGUAAACAAAUUUACAAAGAAAAAGUAUCAGAUUUUAUGUUAAUUAUUGACGAAAGUGACAAUUAUUCCGAAAUUUUACUUUUAUUAAAAAAUGAAAAUAAGGAUACGUUAACUUUACGUUUGGUUUCUUUCCCUGAUUUUGAAGAAAAAUUUCAGAUAACAAAUGUACCUUUGACUACAGCUUUAGUAAACACAUUGAAUUCAUCUAUCAGAUCAAUAUUAUUCAUAGAAAAAAUAACCAAUGGCAAAUACAUAGAUACGAUUAGAAUCAAAAGUAUAGUAGAAAGUGCACCAAGUCUUUGUUUGGAAAGAUUAUUAAAGAGAAGACGAUUCGAAGAAGCUGAAAAUUUUGCUAAAAGGUUCAAUCUAUCUUUGGAAAGUAUUCAUAUUUCAAAAGCAAUGUUAUUGGUGGAACAACUUAAUCCUUGGUCUAAGAAAACAUCGGAGGAGAUUAAUUUAAAUGUUUUGAUAAAUACAUUAAAUCAAAUAAAUAAUUUACAAUUUAUUAUUACAUGUUGCACAAAUGCUCUUAUGAUUGAUUACAAACAAAUGAAAAAAUUACUUUUAUACGCUAGACAAAGAAUUGUUGAUAAUAACAAGGAUAAUAUGAACAUGAUACAAAAUGAACAUAUAAAUCUUCUUAAAUCUAUAAAUACUGCUGUUCAUAAGUUAGAAACAUUUGAAAUACUUUACGAAACAUUAAUUGUUAACGAAUAUACCUUGGAUCAAACUUUGAACGAAUGGUUACGCUUUUCACGAGCUGAUUUAUUCGAAGAAUGUCAAAUUCGUUUGACUAAGGGAGAACUAGAAGCUGCAGCUUUAAUUUGGUCAAGACAUUUGCCAGACAUAGAACAAAAUUUAUCAAUUCAAACCGUACGAAAUAUUUUACAAAUAAUACCAGAUAAAAUUUCAUUAAAUGUUUUAUGGGCAUGGUUAUCAAAUUUUAUGCCUUCUCUAUUAUCAUUAUUACCCUCAUCGAUAGAUGACAUGGUUACUUGGGGUUGUCAAAAGAUAAUAUCUUUAGAAAAUUUUCAAUCCGAACAAUGGCCACAAAUUGGCAUAGAUUUUGCUAAUAAAUUUUUAGCUUUGUUAAAAUUCAAUAAAAAUCCACCUUUGUAUUUUUAUAAAGAAAAUAUUAAUGAAAGUUCAACCUUCAAAUCGUUUAUGCAUAUCGUUCAAAGUUUACACGAUUUAAAAGUAUUAAAAAAUGAUUAUAGAUUAAAGGUGCCAAUCAAUUCUUACAUCGGUGAUCCGAUAGACGUAAUACAUUUGUUAUUAAAUAAAAUACCAAUCGAAGGUAUUCACGAAUUCAUAAAUAAAUUUUUAAAACAAUAUAUACUCAAUCACUCAUUAGAAAAUGAUGUAGUAUUUUCUUCUUAUAUUCAAAAACUUAUAUAUAAGUUUUCAAAAGAUUGGUGGUCAUGGGAAGAAGUUGUUUGGGAAAGGAGAGUAGCCGUUGUUAUCACAUUUAUACAUGAUAUUCAGAAUCGACUUAAGAUAACAUUAGAGAUAUUAAAAAAAGCACCGAUUCCAUGGAGUCCAACUAUAUCACAGUUAGCAGAAAUAAGUACAAAGUUUGAACAUCCAUUAUCGACAAAAAUUAAAAUUGAACGAGAUUAUGUACCAAUUAAGUUUAUAUUAAAGAAGUAUGGCUAUGCAAAAAUUGGUAUUAACGAUUAUUAUUUAACACGAGGAAAUUUUGAUAUACCAUUUGAAAUUUUAAACAAUAUGGAUGACGAUGUUGUUCUUCUUUAUUGCUGUGAGAGAAUCGUUAAUUAUAUCGUUUCUAGUUUUACUUUAAAGGACAUUCCUGAAUCAAUAGAAAAUUAUUUCGAAUGUUUAAGUUGGAUCGAUGCAAAAUUACAAGAAAUGUUAAUGGAAUCUAAAAUUAAACGAUAUUAUUAUCAAAGCAUUGUAAAAAGAAUGAACGCAGUUAAAGAUUUAUAUAGAAUUAAAAAAGAAUUCAAUAUUAUUGUUCCACUUGGUCAAUUGUAUGCUGAAAAGGAUCAAAUAUUACAGACUUGUAUCGCAAAUUUGAGUAAUGAAUUAAACGUACAAUCUUUAUCAACUAUGACUGCAUACGCAAAAGCUGUUAAACUUGGAGAUAUUUUAAAAUUACCAAGACUGAAAGUUAUCUCUGUAUUAUUAGAAAGUACACAAAAUUUUGACAUAUUACAACAUUUAACUGGAUUUGAUAAAUCAAACGUUGAUAUAACAGCAGACGAGUGCAAAUACGUGAAAGAUGUAUGUAGAUUAACUUUAAACAAUGUAAAAGUAAAUGUAGAUACUGCAAAAAUUAUCAAAAGUUUAUGCGCUUGUGCAUUAAACUGUUGCACUGGAUAUGAAAUAGAAUGUAUACUUAAGUAUUAUAAUUUAGCAGAUUUAUAUUCAAAAUCAUUAGCAACAAAUAACACAAAUACUACAAAUGAAAAUACUGAAAAGAUACAUAAAUCACAAUUGAAAUUAUACACGAUGUAUAAUGAUCUUGUAAUAUCAUUAGAACCAUUAUUUUUUACCGUAAUAAAAGAUGUAUUAUCUAUUGUUAUAAACUAUACAAACUUUAAAAUUAUACCAAACAAAACAACAACAACAACAACAAUAAUUAAUGAAGAUUUCAUUCAAGAACAGAAUACAAUAGAAGAAUUGCUGAAUGAUUUGCUUAUGAAAAUGAAGAACAUUAUUACGAUACAUAAGGAAUACGCAUUAUUUCAAAUAAUUAAAACAUUAUACUUCAGUUUUUGUUUUUCAUUGAAAAUCCAAGAAGAUGAUAUGUUAAAUAAAUUAAAAUCUAUGUUAUCACAGAGUAUACAAAAUUUAUUGAAAAGAGUUAUAAAUGCUCCUAAAUUUGAUUUACUACUUGGCUUGACUUGUCUUUUUAUGUUGUCUGAUGAUGAAGCAUCUAAAUCAUUAACAGAUUAUGCAAAAUACAGUACUGUUUCGAUAUUAGCUUGCGAAUACUUUAAUUUACAACAAAAUCAAUCACAAUUGGAAUCAGUUAAAUGGUAUAAAAUGUUACAUUAUUGGGCACAAAGAUUGACUGCUUAUUCCAUUGCAUAUAGAGAAAUUUUUAGCAGCGACAAUGACAAGAAAAGACAAAUAUUAACACGUUUAAUGAAUAACAAUAAUAAUAAAAACACCAUUUCUAUUCUUGAAGAUUUUUGUAAAUCAUUUGGAUUUGAUAUAGAUGAUUGUUUAAAACUUUAUUUAAAAGUAUUAUUAAAUAAUUGGAAUCCAACAUUUAAAAUUUCUUAUUGCAAUGGAGAAAAAGAAUUACAAAUUCCCGAAGAGGAGGUAAAUAAAUUAAGAGCAAAGUGUACUACCGUGGUAAACAAAAUUAUUGAUAAAAGUACAUUCAAACAAUAUGCUAAAAGUAUAUUGUCAGAAAUUAAUUUCUAUCAUUACGAAGCAUUUAUUAUUUUAUUGGAUCUGGCAGAAAUAGAAAGCAGCGAAACGAGAAAUUAUUUUUGUUUUUUACAAAAUUAUACCAGAUGCGGACAACCUACGUUGGUAGAACAGGAAGAAUGGGUUCGUCUUAGUCCAGAAUAUAAAUCGUUACCUGCUAUUUCAGAACAUAGACUACCUUUUCUACCCAAAAUUGAGAUUUGGAAAUUAAUAACAUCUGAAUUAAAUUUAAAGUCUUAUGAAAAAUGGUUGACUAUCGUACCUAUAAUCAAAUUAGAACCACAUAUAUUAUGUACCGUAGCCAUAAAGGAAGCAGUCAUUCAAGAAUGGGGACCUUUGAAUAGCAGAAGAAAAACUAUGGAAUGGUCGAUUUAUCCUAAAAAUAAUAUUUUCCUUCAAAAUGUAUUAAAGUGUAUCGAACGAAUGGGAUCAGACGCGUUAUAUUAUGCUACUGCUGCAUUAUAUUACGUUGUUAAUUAUACACCUCCUGGUGCUGAUCAAGUAGCUGCAAUAAAGCAAUGUUUCAAAUUUGCCGAAUUGGCGGUUAAACGAUCGACCAAUUUUGAAGAAGGUUUAUUAGAAAAAAUUCGAUUUAAAUAUGAAAGAUUCACAGCUGAACAUAUAUUACGAUCACACGGUUUAGGAAAAGAAAAUUAUAUUUCAUUGAUUUCGUAUCCACAUGAGUUAGUUCAUGCAUUAUAUAUGGAUGAUAGUAUACCAUUAAGAUAUCAAAGUGCAAUUAAUAUUAGACCAGAUAUCAAUUCAGCCAUUGAUGCUUUAGGCCAUCUUUUUAAUUUGAAUUUAAUUAAACUACGUUUUCAAUUACUUCAAGAAUGGUUACAACCAGAUGCUAUUCAACAAGUUGGAUUCAAUCAAAGUGUUACCGAUGUACUUUGUACUUUAAAACAAACAAAUCACAGUUUGAAUUCUGAAACUAAUUUAUGCAGAGCUUGUUACAUACUACAACAUGGAAACGUUGAUUUGUCAGUACAUUUUCUAAUAGAUAUUGGUUUUAAUGAAAAUCCUGAAAAUGAUUAUAGUACUGAAAUGCGAUACAGAGCAUUGGACAUUUUGCAAUCGAUCAUAGAUCCAACAACUUUACAGGACAUAACAAAACGAGAAAUAACAACUGUUAGACAAUAUACAAAAAUUUUGAAAUACGUAAGCAAAUUGGAAGCAUUAGGAUUAGGAUACGAUAUAACCACGUUCGAAACAAGUUCUAAACACGAACUUGUACAAAUGUUAUUAAACACUCAAUAUCAUUCUCAACAAGCAUUGAUUUUAAUUGCAGAAAUUUGUAUGGAUUACAAUAUAUAUGAUUGUACUAUUUGGGAUAAAAGUUUAACAGAAAUGGCUAGAUUAGUCAUGGUAAUUGAAUUGAUGGAAAUUUUACCACGAAUAAGUAGAACAAGUAUCGUUACAACAUGUAAAGGAUAUAAAUUAGCAUGGCAAGUUGUUAUACUUGAACCAUUCAGUAAAAUGGAUAUAAAACCAUCUUCAGACCAAAUAGACGAUUGCAUAACUGCAUUCUGUCUUUUGUAUUCGUGUCCUGUUACAUAUGAGCUAAAAUUCAAUGAUAUUUUAAAUUAUUGCUUUAUAUCUCAACAACCACAUUUAGCAGUCGCUUUCUUACCAUAUUUAAAUGCUACUGAUAAAUUAUUUCUUUUUGCUCGUAUCAAAACUUUCUCAAAUGUGCAAAAUAUUAUCGACGAUUUGAAUGAUUUAUCAUCAAAGGGAAUACUUGGAAUUCCAUAUUGUAUCACAAUAUUAAAACAAAAUGUAAUGAAAGAGGAACCUCCGCAGUAGAAACGCACACAUAAUCGUUUAUAUUAUUUUUUUUUUAAAUGUAUAUUUCUUAUUUUUUUAUUUACUUAUACAUAAGAUAACUUAUUACAUAUUCUAAUAUGAAAAUUUAAUUUUCUUUUUUUAAUAUAUUUACUUACUACUACUAUGAAUCAGAAUAUUCGUCAA